GCAGGGCGGCUCACGCACACACGGGCGGGCGCCUCGUCCCGCACCCCGCGCUCCGCAGCAUCCCCGCGCUCCCGACCGCCGCCUGCCCACGCCGCGGGCUGCCACGGGCACGCUCCUUGCUGGCCCAUGAAGUGACCCGGGCGGGUGGCACAGCCCCUGCUCCUGCCGUAGCCACCGCUGCCACACCAGGCACUGAGGUCUGCUGGCCAUGGGCAACCUGAUAAAGGUAUUGGGCAAAGAUUUAGAAAACUGUCCUCAUUUUUUCCUGGAUUUUGAAAAUGCGCAGCCCACGGAGGCCGAGACGGCGGUGUGGAACCAGGUGAACGCCGUGCUGGAGGAGGCGCAGACCAUCCUGGCCGAGCUGCAGAGCUACACGGGCGCCGGGCAGGAGAUCCGAGAGGCCAUCCAGAACCCCGGGGACCUGAGGCUGCAGGAGCGCGCCUGGAGCGCCGUGUGCCCCCUGGUCGCCAAGCUGAAACGCUUCUACGAGUUCUCCCUGCGCCUGGAGAACGCCCUGCGGAGCCUGCUGGAGGCCCUCACCAGCCCGCCCUACGCCCCGACCCAGCACCUGGAGCGGGAGCAGGCCCUGGCCAAGCAGUUCGCCGAGAUCCUGCACUUCACCCUCAGCUUCGACGAGCUCAAGAUGACCAACCCCGCCAUCCAGAACGACUUCAGCUACUACAGACGGACCAUCAGCCGGAACCGCAUCAACAACCUGCAGCUGGAUGCAGAGAGCGAGGUGAACAACGAGAUGGCCAACAGGAUGUCCCUGUUCUACGCCGAGGCCACCCCCAUGCUGAAAACCCUCAGCAACGCCACCACCAAGUUCGUGUCAGAGAACAAGACCCUCCCCAUCGAGGACACGACCGACUGCCUGAGCACCAUGGCCUGCGUGUGCAGGGUGAUGCUGGAGACGCCGGAGUACCGGAGCCGCUUCACCAACACCGAGACGCUGCUCUUCUGCAUGAGGGUGAUGGUCGGCGUCAUCAUCCUCUACGACCACGUGCACCCCGUGGGGGCCUUCGCCAAGACCUCCAAGAUUGAUAUGAAAGGCUGCAUUAAAGUCCUGAAGGACCAACCCUCAACCAGCACCGAGGGGCUCCUGAACGCUCUGAGGUACACCACUCGGCACCUCAACGACGACACCACGUCCAAACAGAUCCGGGCCCUGCUGCAGUGAGGGCGGCGUGGCCACCGGGGCCGCAGUCACCGUGUCACCCAUGACCAUACAGCUCAUUUUGUACAGAGGGAAAAGGGACAGCGAGGAACGCGCAGAAACGCUGAAAACAAAUCAAAUCGGGCCCGGGCUCCUGCCCCCCUCCCCAAGCCCUUCCCAGCCCCAAAUCAGCACCUGCUCCUGGACACGAGGUGUGGGUGACACCAUGGGUGGCACCGUGGGGACACGGGACAGGGGCCAGGCAGGAGAGACCCGGGCAAGGGAAUGCUGGUGGGGCUGGCAGCAGGGUGCCCAUGGCACGGGGGCACCUUGGGCAGGGGGCAGCUGGUGCCCCUGUCCCCAUGCUGGUCCCCAAGAGGAGGAGGAGGGAGAGGAUGAAGAGGAAGAAGUAUCCCUGUGGAUCUGCACUGACUCUGGAGGAAACGGCUCAGUCUCACCUGGUAGAUUUUUAAUAUGAGCAAUUAAACCCACACUCACCUCUUCUUUUCUACAUUUUUUUUUUUUUUUUUGGGGUGUGAAAUAAAAUUACAUUUAAUCUGUU